UGCAUAUGUAUAUAUUACAUCCAUUUGCACGGAUUCUCAUUUGAGUGAAUUCUAACAUCUUGAUUAGAAAUGGCAUUCCAUCAACUUAGCUUUGCCAUCUCAUUUUUUCCAAGGAGCUGAAGUGACCAUGGUACUUGUUAGAAGACACGAAACGAGGAGAAGUUCUAAGACACAAGAGCCGGAGCAGAUAUCACGAGUGGAUUGGAGGCGGACCAAAAGAAAUAGCCUCUCUCAGUUACUGGACAGCGAUGAAGACCUGGACAGCGAUGAAGACCUGGACAGUGGCGAAGAGCUGGACAGUGACCACAGCAGUGGCACUGAUCAUGACACAGAUCUCUGCAGUGACAAGGGGCGGGACAGGGAGUCAGCACUGUUAAGUGACUUGGAAUCUGCCACCAUGGAAAGUGAGAGAAACACAGACACCCACAGCAGUGCCACAGGCCAGGAGGAGAGCAAAGUGGAUGCCUGGGACUCCCAGCAGCCCUCAGCGUCGGGGGCAGCAGGAGGUGCCGUGGACGAGGAUCUAGAGGAGGAAGGGCGCAUCCAGUGCCGGAGGAGGAAACGGGCAUCCUUGGUGAUGGAUGACAGCGACGACAGCGAGGACAGUGACAUCCUGGUGCGGAAGGUGGGCACGAAGCGCCCGCGGAGAGUAGUGGAGGAUGAGGCAGGCAGCCCGGGCCAGGCCUUGGUGGCCAGGAGGCGUGCUCAGCUGCAGAAGCUGCAGGAGCUGUCCAGGCAGAGGGCCUGCCGGGGACGUCUUGGGAGCCGCGACAAGCAGGACUCUGAAAAGGAAUCACACCCGAGCAGUGAUGAGAAUGAGGACAACAACAAGGAGGACAACGAGGAAGAGGAGGAUGAGGACGAGGAGAAUUUAGAAUAUGGUGAUGACGGGGAUGAUUACGUUAUUGAUGACUUUGUAGUGCAAGAUGAGGAGGGUGAAGAAGAAAAUAAAAGCCAGCAAGGAGAAAACCUGACCACAUCACAGCUGAAAUUAGUGAAGCAGAAUUCCCUUUAUUCUUUUAGUGACCACUAUACCCACUUUGAGCGUGUGGUGAAGGCCCUGCUUAUCAAUGCUCUGGAUGCCUCCUUUCUGGGCUCGCUCUAUGAUGGCACCAGGCAGAAGACCUACGCACAAGACAUGUUAACAUCGCUCCAUUAUCUGGACAACCGCUUCAUCCAGCCCCGUCUGGAGAGCUUAGUUUCUAGAAGCCGCUGGAAAGAACAAUACAAGGAGCGGGUGGAGAACUACUCCCACGUCACCAUCCACUUGAGGAACCCAGAGACGUGCAACUGCCAGGCAUGCGGGCUGCAGCGCUUCUGCCGCUACUCGGUGCUCCUGUCUGGGAGGCUCUACAACACCAAGACCAUGGAGACAGACGACUUCAUGUCGCACGACAAGCAGGUGUUUACCGUCGGCAGGAUUUGUGCCAACCGCACCCAAAUCUAUCACGCACUGAAGCACUUUAAGUUCAAGCUGUACCAGGAAUGUUGCUCUAUCGCGAAGACAGAAGAGGUGGAGAAUGAGCAGGUUAAAGAGACAGUGGAAAGAAUUUUCAAUCAGUCCAAAGAAAGUGGCUGGAUUAAGGAGAAAUACAGCCAACUUCAAGACUAUCUCAACUCUGCAGAUUACUUUCAAGAUGAGAAGUUUGAAUUGUGACACGUUCCCUCCAGAGAAGCCUUUAUGAAUUCCUGUAAAUGCAAUCACGAUCAAUCUUGUUUCUCUGUCCCCUGUAACAUAUCUGUACAUUUUAUGUGUAUCUUUGUGGCAGGAUAUCUUGUCUAAGCAUAUGUUCAUCUUUAUCUCCAUAAAAAGGCACUCUGCAAUCUAAUAAAACUUUAAUCUGCAAUGCAUAUAAUACACAAUCUGAUUAAUUUUUAAAUUCAUGUUGUCUGCAGCUCUGCCUGUGUGUAUGGAUCCAUCACACUCUUGUUCGGCGCUGGAGCUGCUCAUGCUCUGUUCAGUAGAGAAAAGACUAUUUUUAAAAUGCAGACUAAAAUCUCCCUGCAUUUAUGGCUGAACCCCUGCCCAGGUUGUGCAUUGCUCUUUUGCAGCACUAAAAGAUCUUCACUCACUGACUUUUUACUGUCAUCACCUAAAUCAGCGGCCAAGGGGGAGGACAUGGCUUUUCCUUCCUU